UUACAACCGGAAGUGUCUUCAUCUCGAGCGCUUCCAGUCAGGUGACCGGAAAUGAGUGUUCAGCAAGAACAUGGCGGAGAAGCAACAGAAAGAGAUUUCUUCAAAAGAGAGUGAUGGGCUGAAUUGUCUUGCAUAUGAUGAGGCCAUUAUUGCACAGCAAGAUCGAAUUCAGCUAGAGAUAGCCACCAGUAUUUCUCUGGUGUCGGAAAGAAAGGAUUUGGCCAUCCUCAAGAAAGAGUAUGCCGAAAACGACAUUGUUUACCAGAAGAAAAUACAAGAUUUAGAAAAGAAGUACAUAGCCAUACGCAAAACACGACCAGAUGGAAAUUGUUUCUACCGAGCCUUUGGUUUCUCACAUCUGGAGUCUUUACUUGACGACAGCAAAGAAUUACACAGGUUCAAGGCGAUUGCUGCCAAGAGUAAACUGGAUUUAGUGAGCCAAGGAUUCACAGAAUUCACCAUUGAAGAUUUUCACAACACAUUCAUGGACCUGAUUGAGACAUGUGAUAAGCAACCGUCUGUAGGAGAACUGCUUAGCUCUUUUAAUGAGCAGAGCGUGUCAGAUUAUAUCGUUGUGUAUCUGCGGCUGGUGACCUCCGGCCACCUGCAGAGAGAAGAAGAAUUUUUCCAGCACUUCGUAGACGGCGGCCGCACGGUUCGAGAGUUUUGUCAACAGGAGGUGGAGCCAAUGUCCAAAGAGAGUGACCACAUUCACAUCAUCGCUCUGGCUCAGGUCUUAAAUGUCUGUAUCCAGGUAGAGUACAUGGACAGGGGAGAAGGAGGAACGGUCAAUCACCACAUCUUUCCAGAAGAUGGGGACCCCAAGAUUUUCCUCCUCUAUCGACCGGGCCACUACGACAUCCUUUACAAAUAGCAGUUUUGCACCUGUUGGCUGCUUAUGGCUCAUUUGUCUCAGUGCUGUGGGUUUAACUCAACUCUAAACCUGUGAAAUGUGAACAUGAGUGAACACUCAACAUUACAAUUUUCUCCUAUAAAACUCGGAUGCACAUUUUUGGAUAAUCUAUGAUACCAGGCACUGGACAUUGUACAGUUUUCUUUGUAUAACCUGCAACAUUUUUGUUACAGUUGUAUAUACAAUACAUUAUUAACAUUUGGUUUGGUUUAUUUUCUUGUAGUUAGACCUCCUGUCAUUUAUGAUAGAAAAGGAACUGCUUGUUUGACUGUAUUUGAAUUUCAUGCGAAUAAAAAAUGUGCAGUAGG